AUGUUAUUGACAAUAUUGCUACAUUUGCUUCUAUUGAGUCGAGGGAGCAGUUUUCGUGAUUCCGACGGGAAUCAAAACGCAAUACCUUCUACUAUGAUAUCUUCCUACAGCAAUGCAACAGAUGCCGAUUGGUACCGAAAUGAAAUGACUACUAAAGUGGUGCCUCUCUACAAUGCUGCCUAUAGAAUACUUCACGACGACAUCAUACAACGUAUUCUGCGUUUUGAUGAAAGUUUAACUGAAUCAAAGAAUAUUGAUACGUCGACAAUCAACCUUAGUCAAGAGUAUACUCCCGUCAUUGUAGGUGGUAAUGAUUCGAAAUUAGACGAGAUUGCUUCGAUUACUGAAGAAGACUCAUCCAUAAUCGAAGCACAAGAUAAUACAACGGAUCAAGAAGAAAAAAAUGUACGAAAAAGAAGUAUAAUCGAGGAGACAACAUAUGCAGCAUUAUCAAGUGAAGAUAACGACAGUGAUCAUAUGAGCAGUAAAAGUGUGUCCAAUAUGGAGAUUAAUGUACGCUUAGCUGACGAGGCAGAACUUGAUUCGUAUGAAUUAACAACGAUGAGCGAUGAUAUUAUUACCAAUGAGAUAACUAAAGAUAUUCCAGUUACAAAGGCAGUAGACACUACUCAGUCAUCUGUUAUAUCAAUUGAUCAAGCUAACGAUGAACAGAAUCGAUUAAAAGUACUCGCAAAUGAUAUAGGGAUCGCUGCUAAUAGUGUGUACAAACAUUUAGAGAACGCUUCAUUGGAAUGUGAACAUUUACGCAACAAUUUGAAUAUAAGAAUAAUGGAGGUAACAGAAAAUGUUUCGCAACACGAGAGUGAGCUUGAAAAAUUACAACUCACCAUCGAGAGUCUUGCAGCUAGCAUACAUAUCGCAGAACAAGAAGUCACAUUUGCUCAGCAACUCGUACGUGAACAAGAAGUGGCUGUUCAGAAUGCUCAACAUCAACAUGACGCAGCUUGGGACAGGGUUAGAAAAGCACGUUUAUGCCGGAGUGGACGUCGAAAGAAGCGUUUUAUAGGAGGCUGGUGGUAUAGAAAUAUUGAGCGGCCUAUCAGUCAAGCUGUAGAGUUUGCAAUAAUUAAACCGGUAUGUAGUGUUGCCAACAUGGGUGGUAUUGAAAGAGCCAAAGAUGCAAGAGAUUUAACAGAAAAUGCACUAAAUAAUGCACAACGACAGCUAACAAAUAAACAACAAGAGCUAGUCAACAAACGUGCACAACAUUCUAAUUUAGAAAUCCGUCGAAAUCAUGCGAAUGCAGAAAAACAACAACUUCAGACACAACUUGCCGAGAUGCAAACAAAUUAUGCAGCUAUCUCAUCUGUAUUGAAACAGUUUCAACUUGUUAAAGUACAUUUGUCCUCGAUACUCAUCUCUUCUAAAUCGCUUAGGACUGAAAUCAAACAACUCCUCGAUUUUGAACUUGUCAUCGAACCACUUAAAGCUCUCGCUGAACAAAUGAUCAAAGAUCGAUUAAUGUCAUCUUUUAAUUUUCAAAUUUCAUCAAGUAUCAUUAACCAAGUUGAUCAAAUUCUAGAUCGCUUAAGUGAUAAAUUAGAGCUUCUACCUCUUUUAAACAUCAAUGCUUCAUUCUCCGAAGAGGAUAUCACUCUCUCUACUGUUGGAACUGAUGCAGAUUACAAUACCGAAGAUUAA